AUGAAUAAAAUUCCUGUCGAGUGCUUUUGUGAAAUCCUUGAACACCUGGACAAUGAAGCCUUACGAAGUUGUACCUGCGUAAACAGUCAAUGGUUUGGAAGGGCUUUAGGGGUUAAUAGUCAAACCGCCAAAGUCUAUGAAAUAACACGAAGCAAAGCGAAAAGACAUCGGAGAAACGAAAACCUAUCGAUCUGA